AAAGUAUCAGCUGUUGGAUUAGCUUGUCUACACCAAUUUCGUAAACAAUUGCACCAAAAAUUAGUCGGAUAAUGUCGCAAAUAUAGUGGUCCGCGGAUACCAGUAAUCAUGGAGGUGUUCCAGACAGAUACCCACUACAUAUUCGUUAAAAGGGACAAGAGUCUCUGGUGGAAUCGCAAGACCUCGGAGUUUACAAUAAAAGCAGGUUGGGACCUCAGCUCCGUGGACGACAUCGAGUGCAUAGGCAUUACCCAUGGAAUUGUGGGUGUGAUCUCGCUGCCCAAUGUCUACGAACCACAUCUGGUGGUGAUCAAGGAGGCCAUCCCAGUGGGGGUGCUGUAUCUUACCCACUUGGUGUACCAAAUAAAGUCGAUAUGCAUACUGAGUGCCGAGGAACCCGACUCCAGCUUGCCCAAUUGCACCAAGCAUUCAAAGAGCAACCAGUCCACGCCGACCCACUCUGCCUCGAACAACAACAAUGUCGGCGGGUCCUCCAGCGGAGGGACAGGCACCUCGAACAGCACCAAGCUGUUCAAGGGCAUGAACAAGACAUGGGAUGCCAUUAAGAGUACCGGGAAAACUAUUAAAGACACCACCAUACAAGGGGCGACUUUGGCCACCAAGCAGGUGAAGUCUUCGGUGGGAAUUCGGGAGCCCAGGAACAUAGAGAGGCGCAUCACGGAGGAGCUCCACAAGAUUUUCGAUGAUACGGACAGCUUCUACUUUAGCUUUGAUUGCGAUAUAACCAACAACCUUCAACGUCACAAUGCCAAGCCGGGAGAAAGUCAACCGGAGCCGGACGAGCGAUUCUUUUGGAACAUGCACAUGAUAGAAGACAUACUCAAGAUGAAUGACAAAACUUGGAUACUUCCUGUCAUUCAGGGAUUUGUGCAGGUCGAGCCAUGUGUGAUUGGGAAUGAGUGCUUCACGUUGGCCUUAGUCUCGCGGAGAUCGCGCCAUCGCGCUGGAACUCGCUACAAAAGACGCGGUGUGGAUGAAAAGGGCAACUGCGCUAAUUAUGUGGAGACCGAGCAAAUACUUUCGUUCAGGCAUCAUCAGUUAUCUUUUACCCAAGUACGAGGCUCGGUGCCCAUCUACUGGAGCCAGCCGGGCUACAAGUAUCGCCCACCACCACGUCUCGAUCGCGGACCGCCCGAAACGCAGCAGGCCUUCGAGCUGCACUUCACCAAGGAGUUGGAUAUCUACAGCCGCGUCUGCAUCGUGAAUCUGGUGGAGCAGAGCGGCAAGGAGAAAAUGAUUGGAGAUGCCUAUGCCGGGCAUGUGAUUAAGUACAACAAUGAGAAGAUUAUAUACGUAACGUUCGAUUUUCAUGAUUACUGCCGCGGUAUGCGCUUCGAGAACGUCUCUGCCCUAAUCGAUGCAGUGGGCCCUGAAACUGGCGCCAUGGGCUUCCACUGGCGCGAUCAGCAUGGAAUGCUCUGCAAUCAGAUGUCGGUGUUCCGGGUAAACUGCAUGGAUUGCCUGGAUCGCACCAAUGUAGUCCAAACAGCCAUUGCCAAAGCAGUCCUGGUGUCUCAGCUCGUCAAGUUGGGCCUCUCGAUCCCUCAAGCCCCAAUUCCUGAUAAGCUGAAGUCGGCUUUCCGCCUGCUCUGGGCCAACAAUGGUGACGUUAUCAGCAGACAGUAUGCAGGCACCAAUGCUUUGAAGGGAGACUACACCAGAACUGGCGAGCGAAAUAUAAGCGGCAUGAUGAAGGACGGCAUGAACUCCGCCAACCGCUUUUUCAUUCAAAACUUUGCCGACUCGUUCCGACAAUGCGUCAUCGAUCUGAUGCAGGGCCAGCUGCAGCGACCCGAUGAGCUGCAGGAGGACGAUGUGCUGGCCACCAUUAUCCAGAUUCUGACCCCCGAAUACAAGCCACCACUGGGCGGCUAUUAUAAUCCUGGGGUACUGGGGCCCGAGCUGAAGUUGCUCGAAUCCCUCGUCGUGACCAGUUAUUACCUAGCUCGCUUUAAGGACUCCUACCGGCAGGCCACAAUCGAUCUGAUGCUGGGCAACCAGGUCUCCUCUGAAUUGCUCACUGCAUUAGGUGGUCAAGCGGCGCCAGAUGAGAACGAUGCUUCCGAAAAUGCCGAACACGCCAAGAUGCUUGUGGAGGAUUGCCGACGUCUGCUGCUGGGAUCCGCUCAAUAUCCAGUGGGAACAUGGGGACUCAUCGACGCUGAUCCAAGCUCAGGAAAUGCCAACGAAACCGAGGUUGAUUCUAUUUUGCUGCUCACCGACGACUGCUACAUUGUGGCCGAGUACGACUCGCAUCUGGAUAAGAUCGUCCGUUUUGAGAAGGUGUACCUAUCUAUGGUGCGUCUCAUAGAGCUGGGCAUGCACCAGCAGCCGAAGAUGUUCCAGGGAUCGGCGCCGGCCCAUCUUUGUCUGCGAAUAAACUAUGUCGUGGACGAGCAGGAGGGCUAUUUUCACAUGUUCCGCUCCGCCAACUUGCGCUUCUUUAACAACGUUGCCUACGUAAUCAAGACCCAGGAGGAGCUCACCGAAUCUAUGACAUCGAUUGUGGAUAUGUUCCGCAUCGCUCUGGAUAAUGCUGGAAAUACGAAUGUGCGUUUUACCUUUGGCGAAACGCUGCAGCGAAGAAAAAGCAAGGUGCCCAACCUAGACGUACCCAGGGGCAUGCCGCGAAAUCGGUCAGAAUCUCAGUUGGUGCAGCUCAGCUCUAAGGCUCUGUCCAACGUGGCCGGGCAAUUCUCGAAACUUGGCCAGACUUUCAAGAAGCCCUCAAGCUCAGCUUCGGAGCAACAGGUCCAUUCCAGUAACUUGGCAGCCACCAUUAACCCACAGGUAAUGCGACAAUCUGGAGGGAAUGACAUUGAAUCGGGACAGGAGGCAGAGAAUGCUAUUUUCACUGUCGGCCACAAGCCGCGAAACUCGAACAGCGGCAGUAGCACAGACACCGAGGAGCACGAUAACAGCUUGUACGAGCCCGAGGUGGACUCGGAUGUGGAAAUAGCCAUGGACAAGUCCAACUACAAUGAAAACGCGUUUUUGCCCUCGGUGGGCAUUGUGAUGGGCAACCAGAAGGAGAAGUCGCCCACCUCCUCGGACGAGAUGCGGCAGUUGGAGCAGAAGGACAGCAUGUGCAAAACUACCGAGGACCUGUUAUCCAUUUCCAUCACGUCGGUGACGGAUCACGUGAACCUGCCCACGGGCCUACUGGAAAAUGCUCCAUCGAUCCGGCCAAUAACGCCCAAUCCCCAGAUAUGUGUGCAGGCCCAGGAAGCCUUCGAGGCGGACGAGGACGAAGAGCGGGUGAAGCCCCUGUCCAGUGCCUCUGCCAGGGAUCUCAGCUUGCCGCUGGGCCUGCCCACUCAGCCGGAGGGCAACAAGCUGAAACAGCUCACGAGUCCCCUCUCGAAGUUGGCCAAGAACAUUGGCAUGAAUCUGGAUCCCCGCAAGAUAGCCACCAAGACCGGAGUCCUAUCACCCACUAGUGUUUCCGGGGAGAACACCCCUCCAGAACGAGGACCUAGCUCCCGGGAUCAUCUGCUGGAACUCUGGGAGUCCGAAAAGUGCAAAACCAAAUUAAUAGCCCUUUAAGAGGGCAUCGUACACUUUGAUAAAUUAGCGCAAGUGAUAUAUAUUUAUUGUAAUAAUGGAUUGCAGAAAAAUUGAACUUGUUUUACGAAGCACUUCCAUUGAUGUCACAUUAGGGAAACACUAAGAUAUGAUUCUGCAAAGUUUUAAAGGUUCUAGUAUUUAUAGAUCGAGGGGCGUUUUUGUGAUUGUUAUAGCACCAUGCUGUAGUGAGUUAAUAUUUUUUGUGUCUAAAGUAUUUAUCGUUUAAGUAAGCUUAAAAUUAUGUCAGUAUAUUACACGAGUCACAAUAUUGCUUUGCGAAUUAUUGGGCCGCUUAGCGUUUAUUAGAGAGAGUUUCGGCACCUUGCUUAUGAAUGCAAACAGUUAUACGUACAUCCAGGUUGGUGAACUAGGAAUCCACAUACGAACCACAAAAAGACAUGACAAACAAAAGACUUGGCACUGGCCAAUUUUUUACACGCCACACUGAAAACCAAACAAAUCCAUUUUUUGGCUAGAAAUUAGACAUAUUUGGCUUACGAAUUAUACAUGAGUCUUGAGAUGAUUUCAGAAGAGUCAACGAAUAUUUGGCGGAUUCAGAACUAGAUUUUUGAUUGUGGCUUCGUUCGAUAGCAAACUAUCCGUAGUGUGUUUGUAAAUAGCGGAAUAUGAUAUGUAAACGUACUUCAAUUAGAACUAUGUAUGCGCCACCGAUUAUAUAAAAUAUAUUUGUGUGUUUAAA